UUUACAUUAUUCGUGUUAGGUUGGGGGAGAAUACCAGGAGUUUCCACUUAAACAGCAGUUAAAUAAAGGCAACAUUUAUGGCUGUCUCUGACUUAACUUGACUUAUCAGCCUUGAAUUGCUAAUGAACUGAUUUAAUGACCAUCGAAAGAGUUCAUUGAUUUUUCUCUGAAAUAGCGGUGGGGCCAACCAGUCAGCAGCAACAGCAACGCAGUAACACUGUCAGUGUUUGCCUCUCUCUUCGCUUUUUGUCCAGCAUAAUCUGUUUACAAGGCUAAAUAGGCAGAAGACUACAAACCUGGCACGGGGAAAUAUCCCUUGAACGAUGUAUGUUCUCGCGGCUUAAUUGCAUAAAGAUGUUUUCGUCGCCUUCGUGACUGCUAUUUUUCCAUCUCUUAUCUCACAUGAACGCGCCUUCGGUCUCGAACUGGGAGUAGGCGAUUGUCAAUACAGAGCCGUCGGUGUGUGCGUCGGCAGUGACUUCACUGUACCCUCAGCUCGUCUUGUAACAUACGUUGCCGUGUGAUACUGCCGAGAAGGUGGAUUGAUGCGGAAAUUUGUGAAGAAUUCUGAAAUGCAGCGCGAUGAACGACAAUGCAAUUGGUUUGUAAUGGCAGUCUCCUGAAUCAGCAGAGACUAAAUUGUAUGGCAGGAGUCGUUUCCAGUCCCCACUAUUCUAGACGAUGGCAGUGACCGUGAGGCCCUGAUCCUCGUGAUGUGUACGAUGAACAGCACGGCGUGGCCUCUAGAUCUGGCUGAGGUAUCCAGACGGCAGACAUUCAACAGCAGCCUGCCACCAGGUUCGGCUUCCACCAGCAACUGGGCUCUGAUUCACACGGCCACCCUGACCUCCUGCUCCCUCCUCCUCGUCCUCAUCUUCUCGCUGGGCUCCUACGGGAACCUCGUGGUGUUCCUCUCCUUCUUUGACCCGGCCUUCCGCAAGUUCCGCACCAACUUUGACUUCAUGAUCCUCAACCUGUCCUUCUGUGACCUGUUCAUCUGCUGCGUUACCGCUCCCAUGUUCGCGCUGGUGCUCUUCCUAGACGCUGGAGGAGGUGGAGGUGGAGGAGGUGGUGGAGGUGGCGUCUCCAAGGGCUUCUGUUUUGCCUUCCACCUCACCAGCUCCGGCUUCAUCAUCAUGUCCCUGGAGACUGUGGCUGUGAUCGCCCUGCACCGGCUCCGCAUGGUCCUGGGUCAGCAGCCCAACCGCACGGCCUCGUUCCCCUGCACCAUAGCACUGACCUCCCUGCUGUGGACCUCCAGUUUCACCCUGGCCGUGCUGGUCACCCUCCGGGCCUACCCCCGCAGCUCCGGGCCCUGCCUGCCUCACUUUGGACUGACGGGGAACCGGGCCAAGGUGGUGGUGCUGUACGUGUACCUGGCCGAUUUUGCCUUCUGCGUGGCAGUGGUGGCCGUUUCCUACCUGAUGAUCGCCCAGACGCUGAGGAAGAACGCCCAGGUGAGGAAGUGUCCCAUCAUCACGGUGGAUGCCACCCGCCCUCUGCCCCCCCCGCCGCCGCCCUUCCUCGCCUCGGGCUUUGAGGCGAUGCAGUGUGCCGUCCCGGUUCCCGCUCUCUACCGCAACCAGACCUACAACAAGCUGCAGCACGUUCAGACCCACCCCUUCAUCAAGAGCGGCGACCAGCCACAGGUGCCAGGAGCCGCCCAGGGGGCCACCAGCUGUCAGCUGGUCUCCAGCAUCAACUUGGCCGCCACCGCCAAGGACUCCAAGGCCGUGGUGACGUGCGUGGUGAUCGUGAUCUCCGUGCUCAUCUGCUGCCUGCCCAUGGGCGUGUCGCUGGCCCAGGACGUCCUGUCCCCCAAAAGUAGCUUCGUGCACUACCAGUUCGAGCUGUGCAGCUUCGCCCUCAUCUUCCUCAAGUCCUGCAUCAACCCGUUUGUGUACUCGCGCAACAGCGCUGGGCUCCGCCGCCGCGUGCUCUGCUGCCUCCAGUGGCUGGCGCUGGCGUUCCUCUGCUGCAAGCACAAGACCACCCGCCUGCACGCCAUGGGCAAGGGCAGCCUGGAGGUCAACCGCAACAAGUCCUCGCACCACGAGACCAACUCGGCCUAUGUGCUCUCUCCCAAGCCCCAGCGCAGGCUGGUGGACCAGGCCUGUGGGCCCAGCAGCCAGUCCCGUGUCACCGCCGCCCCCAGCCCAACCAGGGCCACGGGUGGACGCAACAAGCCCAGGCCGCCCAGCACGUCCACCCCCAUCAACACGCGCAUCGAGCCCUACUACAGUAUCUACAACAGCAGCCCCUCCGCCGCGCCCACCUCCCCCACCGACAGCCUGCAGCCCGUCCACUCCCAGACCACGGGCUUCGCCAAGUCCUACAUGGCCAUGCACUACCACACCCACCACCAGGAGGUGCUGCAGGACUUUGAGAGCACAGCAGCCCAGCAGAUCCCUGUGCCGUCUGUCUGAGCACCAGUCUGUCUGUCUGUCUGAGCACCACUGCGUCUGUCUGAGCACCAGUCCCUGGGUAGGAAGAGGGGAAAGCUUAAUCUGGUUCUUCAUCCCAAAGGUCUCUUCCUCUUCCUCUCCUGUGUCUGCCACAAGUGAGUUUUAAACAGAACCAGAAAGAGGAGGCAGCGCGGCGGCAUGAGUCUGUACUUUUGGUACACCUGUAAUGGGUGUUAUAGAGCAAAACUCCGAGAUUGGGUAUUGGGUUUCCUAGGGCAGCACCGACAGCGCUUGUUUUAAGUGUGACUUUAAAAUGGUUGUUUUUCUGUAAGACAGUGUCCCACCUCUGAAAACCGAGUCAGCUUUGAAUGAGACCCCAAAAAAGUGUUAUUGACAGAACUGAGCAAAUUAUAUUUUUACAUCAACAUGACUUACAUAUUUAGAUUGACCUCUUCUUCAUGAAAAUGCUGUAUUUGUGGAAGUCUCAUACAUUUUCUAUAACUUAUUAAAUGGUUUGCAAGUGCACUGUAUACCUAGUUGGUGUUUUUUUAUAUCCUAUCUGCUAAGGAGCUUACAUUACAUGAUGAUUCAAUCAAAACAGACUAUGAAUUUCAAUUUAAAAAAAAUAUGAUUCAUUAUUAUUUUGUAAGAAAAGCAAACCUAGCUUUAUGGAGGCCCUGCGCCAUCUGGUGGUUCUCUUGCCAGGCACAUAUAGGAU